UGUGUACAUUGUGUGUGCGUGAGCUGGUCAUUGUAAUGCUGUUCAAUUUGCAGAGUUAAAUAUUGUUUCCAAAUAUUUCUCUACCAGUAUUGUUCACGUAAUGCCUGACAGUUCAACAAACAAAUGAGUAGAAACUGAGUUUGGUUUCUACGUCAUUGUGAGUGUUUAUAUUGCUGUAAUUUUUUAAAACGAUUCAUUAUUCGGAUUAAUCUCGGCGGAAAUUAAACCUGUGUUGGAUGUUUGUGUGUGAUUCUCUUGCGCGUUGUUAGAAAAGGUGUUAGGCCCAUUGGUUGAAGUGAUGACUAGCCGAAAGUCCGGGGAGCCUUCCGUUGCUUGGUCACGGGUAGGGAUGCGGGUGAUAUGGUUUGCUCAUCUACUGGCAUCGUGCUUCGUUCAUGGACAACUAUACAUAUCUACCACUAGUAGAGGAUAUACAAGCACAGAGAUGGGUAACCCUUCCUUUGAGUGCUACAGGAGUUCUCCUUCUUUGAAUGCUGCUGUGUCUAGAGGGAGGUAUGUCUAUGUAUACAAUGAUGUGCUCCCACCGGUUAAUGCAGCUAAUGCUGAUCCACCGCCCAGUGAGUUUUUUAAUGCUGGUAAUCCACCAAUUCAAGUCUACCGAAUAAAUCUUGAGACCACUGAUCACAGUUCGUACGGUGCCUUCUACUGUGCUGCAUCCCUGGGUGGAGAACGCUCUGUUGUACCGACACUCUUCUUGAGAUCUGAUGCUAAGUUUGUGCCCACCAGUGGCAGGUUUUCAAAGACUGUCAACAAGGGGGAUGUGGACGUUACGGUUGAUUUUAUUGAGGUUACUCCUAGUGAGACGGAAAAGAACUGGAGGUUUAAUGGUACAACUAAUAUGACUGUAACUAUUUCUGCUGGAACGAUCUUUACGGAAUUGACUGUCUACACAAUCAUAGGAGAGGUUGAUACCUCAAAUGGUGGUGUUUAUGAGCUUCAUUUGAUGGGUGAGAGGGGACAAGCAAGAGCUGGACUACUCCGAUUAAUUGUGAGAGCAUGUCCUGCCGGUCGCUAUGAUGAAUCCAGUGGAUGCACCCAGAUAUGUCCAUCAUGUUACAAUGGAGGAAUCUGUCAUGAUCAAACAGGGAUAUGCAUCUGUCCUCCAGGAUUCCAGGGAGAUGGAUGUGAAAUGGCAUGCGGUGGGAAUCGCUAUGGUCGUAAUUGCGAGUACAGAUGUGACUACGAGAUUGCAGAUGAAAGAACAGCAUGUAGUGGACUUCAGGUUUGUGUGCCCGAUCCCUAUGGAUGUUCAUGUACACCAGGAUACAAAGGAUUGGACUGUACUACAGUAUGUGAUCAAGGUAAGUUUGGAGCUAGUUGUACAGAGACCUGUCACUGUGUAUCAGAAGAGUGUGAUCGAUUUACUGGAGUCUGUACAGGAAGCUCUACUGAAUGUGAACCAGGAUGGACAGGGACCAACUGCCAAGAAUGCAUGGUUGGUAGAUAUGGACCUAAUUGUGAGCCUUUCACAAUUAGUUAUGAAAAGACCAACAAGGGAAACCGCGCCAAUUUUGUCUGUAGCCUGGAAGGUGGAAAUCUCAUCUCCACAGCUCCAGUGGUCAAUCUCUACAGGAAAUUCGGCAGUGGAAAUUAUACACAAGAAAACAUAGUACACAAUGGAAAGGGAUUACCCCCGAAUGAAAAGUUUCUGUUUCUCGUGCGUGAUGUGAAAGUUGGAGAAUUGUUUGUCUGCGCUCUCUCUGAUGUGAACAACUUCUUUAGUGACACUAUGACUACCGAUGGGGAAUUUAUCCAGCCAGAACUCCCUAGUGCACCUGUCGUGAGCGGAGCAACCAAUGAUUCAAUCACUCUGAUGUGGGAUGCCUGGGAUGCAUCAACAGAUAUAGGGGAUCCUCCUCUUAUGCAGUAUCGUGUCUACUACAUGAACAACUCACAAGAAGAAGAGGUUAGGAGGUCUGACCGUCUAGCACCAUCUGAAACAGUGACUGGUCUAAGUCCAGAUACAGACUACGUAUUUGGUGUAGCAGCAGUGAGACCUGGAGCAGGAGGCCAAGGGCGCAUAUUGGAGGUAGUAGGGACCACCCAAUGUUCACCUCCUAGUGAAGGACCGUCAUCUGUUAACGUCACUAAUGGGACUACACCUGGAGAAUUCUUGGUAUCUUGGGAGAAUCCUCCAUCCAAUAGUUCUAGCUGUGGCAGUGGAGAGGGAGGAAUUCGCAUCUACUUCACCCGGUCUGACAUCCCGUCUGGGAUCUCAAAGAGGGCGGCCGACCCCAAUGAGAACUCUGUUGAUAUUCCCUUUGAUCCCCCAAUGUCUGAACACACCCUGACCCUUGAACCGUACUCCCAGUAUCUCAUCCAGGUUGUAGUCUACAAUAAAGACUCUGAGACGCCAAGGGGAGAGGGCUUUACACAGACCACAGAGGAAAUGCUUGCCCCUGCGCCCACUGUAAGCGUUGAAGCGACCUCUGAAACUGUAAUUGUGCGCUGGGAUGCUGCUAGCCCUGCUCACCUCAAUGGAGAUGUACAGGGAUACCAACUAAGAUACACCCAGACAAAACCUGAACGACUUGAUCCAGUAGUUGUUGAUGUUAUGGGUAACAAGUAUGAGAUUACCGACGGAGUGACAAAAGACAGUGAAUUUGAAAUCGAGGUUCGAGUUUUGAAUGGAGCUGGAUACGGUGAAUGGUCACCUUUAAAGACUUCAUUGCCGGAUACCGGUACUGCUGCAUCCAAUGUUCCCCUCAUCGCUGGUAUCGUGAUAGGAAUAAUCGUUGUUAUUCUUCUCAUCAUCAUCAUUGUCAUGGCUCUGCGAGCAAGCAAAAGAAAGAGAGAAAAGAAGAUAGCGGGAAUGAAUUCAACUGAGCUUGUGGACAAUGUUCUCUAUGAGUCCAAUCUACCACUUGAUCAUCAGAACAGCAACAAUGCUGCACGUAUCAACGACAAGCCGAUAGUCCGUGAUCCAGCAGAGACCGAGUAUGCCUACAUCAGCCAUGAGAGUAACUCUCUUCUAAACGACGACUUGAACCUUGACAUGGCUAUCAAAAAAGACACAACGUACGAAGUCGCUUUGGAGACCCCGAUUGCGUCCAAUGGGAAGAGUCAGACACUGCCGUUGCUUUCAGGAGACAUCACUUUAGACGCUCUCAAUGCGCUCUAUGCUAAACCUGAGAAGCGAUCUCAUGUGGUCUCGGUACCCAGUCUGUUGGCCCCUACGGUGAAGGAAGCAGGGACGGAUACAACGGAAGGAGAUAUCUACGAGAAUGUGAGCCUUCCUGGAUCCAUCGCCGUGGUCAACCUUGUGGAACAUGUGGAGAAGAAGAAAGCCCAAGAUCAAGAUGGAUUUGCUCAUGAAUUUGGUUUAUUGCCUUCAGAUGAUGGUAUCGCCAAAACAGUUGCUAUGAAACCGGAAAACAAAGCCAAGAAUCGAUUCAAAAACAUUGUUGCAUUUGAUCAUUCCAGAGUCGUCCUCGAGACGUUGAAAGAUGAUCCUCACUCUGACUACUACAAUGCUAAUUACAUACGGGAUGACAAGGGGAAGAAGACAUUUAUUGCUGCCCAAGCCCCCAACACUGCAAGCAUCAAUGAUUUCUGGCGACUCAUUUGGCAGGAGAAUGUAUGUUCGGUUGUCAUGGUUACAAACACCAUGGAGGGAGGCAAGGAUCGCUGCACAGUUUACUGGCCGAAGGAGAUGGGUAAGAGCAAGACGUUUGGUGGGAUUGAGGUCAAGCUGAGAACCAUUGAAGAGUUCUCAGAUCAUGUGCACAGGGUUCUGGAUGUUAAGCAGGUGAGUGGAGGUGAAACGAGGUCCGUCCACCAGUUCCACUACCAGUCCUGGCCUGAUAUGGGUGUUCCACAGUACCCUACCACACUCAUCAGCUAUACACAGACUGUCAAACAUGUCCAUGAACGAAUCACUGCUAAUACCAAGGGCUCCACACCCAUGCUUGUUCACUGCAGUGCUGGUGUUGGGAGGACAGGAACGUUCAUCUCACUCUACUGCAUGCUAGCACAGGUCAUAGAAGAGAGCAGGGUCGACAUCUUUGGUUUCAUUCAGAAGAUGAGAAAAGACAGACCUAAUAUGGUCCAAACUGCUGACCAGUAUAUUCUCAUCCAUACUGCCCUAGUUGAGGCCUACAUGAGUGGUAACACUGAUGUUCCUGUCAGCAGUUUUGAAGCCAAGCUUUCCUCACUCCAAGAGAGGAAUCCACUUACCCAGAAACUCAACAUUGAACAGGAAUUUGAGAUCUUGAACCAGCUCACCCCUCCCGUCGGUCCACAAGCUUUCAAGGCUGCUGGUCUACCUGCCAACAUUGACAAGAACAGAUUCCCGAACGUUCUACCCAUGGAGAAGAACAGACCAUGCCUAGUGACAAAGGGAGAAGCAGGAAGCACAGACUAUAUCAAUGCCUCUUUUCUCAAUACAUUCAUUAAGAAGGAUGUGUUCCUAGCAACCCAGAUGCCCCUCCCUCAUACCACCGGUGAUAUCUGGAGAAUGGUGUGUGACUGGAGAAGUCCUGUCAUUGUCAUGCUAAAUGAACUAGAUCUUCAAGACAAGCUUCAGUUUGAUAUUCCAUAA